AUGAAGUUCUCUCUCGCUGCCGUUAGCGCCUUCGUGGCUUACGCUCUCGCUAAGCCCGCCAUCACCAACACUGACUUCAACAUCCAAGAGGGCGUCGAUUAUACCCUUAAGUGGAAGGAUGCCACUGCUCCCAUCACCAUCACCUUGAUGACUGGCCCUGAUGCGGAUCAUAUGACUCCCUUCAAGACUAUUGCUUCCGGCGUCACCGGUGACUCGUACACCUGGACUCCUGAGGAUGUUCCUUCCGGCACUUAUGCCUUCAAGAUCGCCGAUGGUGACUCCAAGGCGGACGAGAACUACAGUGUCCGCUUUCCCUAUGUUGGCAGUGCCGCGGCCACUACCGGCGCUUCGAGCACCCUGAGCACUGUCACCAAGACCAGUACCUCGACCAUGGUCUCCUCCACUGUUGAGUCGAGCACCAUUGUAUCAAGCUCCGCUGCCUCCAGCACUGAUGCUAGCAGCACCGUCACCUCUGUCGCUUCUUCCGCUGCCACCACCACCACCACCACCACCAGCAGCACCCAUGCCGCUAGUUCUACCGCUUCUGCCCCUACCAACAGCCCCCCCAACACCAACAAUGCUGAGCGUUUCGCUUCUCCUCUAGCGCUCAUCCUCGGAACCGUUGCUGCCCUCGUCUUCUUUAACUAG